AGAUAUACUGAGUGAGCCCUGAGAAGCAGUCUCAGAUCCUGACGGUGCAGCAGCCUGCAGCCUCAGCCCGGGAGUCCCAGCCGCUUUCAAUGGAGGAGAAGCCCGGCCAGCCACAGCCUCAACACCAUCACAGCCACCACCACCCGCACCAUCAUCCCCAGCAGCAACAGCAACAGCAGCCGCACCACCACCACCAUUAUUAUUUCUACAACCACAGCCACAACCACCAUCAUCACCACCACCACCAGCAGCCUCACCAGUACCUGCAGCAUGGGGCCGAGGGCAGCCCCAAGGCCCAGCCAAAGCCGCUGAAACAUGAGCAGAAGCACACCCUCCAGCACCAGGAAACGCCGAAGAAGAAAACAGGCUAUGGUGAACUAAAUGGUAAUGCUGGAGAAAGAGAAAUAUCUUUAAAGAGUCUGGGUUCUGAUGAAGUUACCAACCCUAUCUCCAGGGUCCUCAAUGGCAACCAGCAAGCUGUAGAUCCCAGCCUGAAGCAGACUUUAAAGGCCAGCACCUUUGGCAAGGCAGGAAUUAAAACCAAGAAUUUCAUUCAGAAGAACAGUAUGGACAGAAAGAAUGGGAAGUCUUAUGAAAACAAAUCCGGAGAGAACCAGUCUCUAGAUAAGACUGAUGCUGUAGCAAUUCCAAAUGGUGUUGUAACAAAUAAUUCAGGCUAUAUUGCAAAUGGUUAUAUGGGCAAAGGCGUAGAUAAUGAUGGUAGUGGAUCGGAGAGCGGAUAUACUACUCCUAAGAAAAGAAAAGCUAGGCGCAAUAGUGCCAAGGGUUGUGAAAACCUUAAUUUAGUGCAGGACAAAAUAAUGCAACAAGAGACCAGUGUCCCAACCUUAAAACAGGGACUUGAAACUUUCAAGCCUGACUAUAGUGAACAAAAGGGAAAUCGAGUAGAUGGCUCAAAGCCCGUUUGGAAGUAUGAAACUGGGCCUGGAGGAGCAAGUCGAGGAAAACCUGUGAGUGAUAUGCUUCGGAAAAGCUCAGAUAUUAAACCUGGUGUGAGCAGCAAAAAAUUUGAUGAUCGGCCCAAAGGAAAGCAUGCUUCAGCUGUGGCUUCCAAAGAAGACUCGUGGACCUUAUUUAAACCACCUCCAGUUUUCCCAGUGGACAACAGCAGUGCUAAAAUUGUUCCUAAAAUAAGUUAUGCAAGCAAAGUUAAGGAAAACCUUAACAAAACCAUACAGAACUCUUCUGUGUCACCAUCUUCAUCCUCGUCUUCGUCAUCAUCUACUGGAGAAAGUCAGACACAAUGUUCUUCAAGUCGGUUAUCCCAGGUUCCUAUGUCGGCACUGAAAUCUGUUACUUCUGCCAACUUUUCUAAUGGGCCCGUUUUAGCAGGAACUGAUGCAAGCGUGUAUCCUCCAGGGGGUCAGCCACUGCUUACUACUGCUGCUAAUACUUUAACACCCAUUUCUUCUGGGACUGAUUCAGUUCUCCAGGACAUGAGUCUAACUUCAGCAGCUGUUGAACAAAUUAAGUCUAGCCUUUUUAUUUAUCCUUCCAGUAUGCAAACUGUGCUUUUGAGCACUGCACAAGUGGAUCUGCCCUCUCAGACCGAUCAGCAAAACCUGGGGGAUAUCUUCCAAAAUCAAUGGGGCUUAUCAUUUAUAAAUGAGCCCAGUGCUGGCCCUGAGACUGUUAUUGGGAAGUCAUCAGAUCAUAAAGUGAUGGAAGUGACAUUUCAAGGAGAAUAUCCUGCUACUUUGGUUUCACAGGGUGCUGAAAUAAUCCCCUCAGGAACUGAGCAUCCUGUGUUUCCCAAGGCUUAUGAGCUGGAGAAACGGACUAGUCCUCAAGUUCUGAGUAGCAUUCUAAAACCUGGGACUACUAAUGAGAGUGGAGCCUUAUCCUUGGAACCCAGUCAUAUAGGUGACCUGCAAAAAGCAGACACCAGUAGUCAAGGUGCUUUAGUGUUUCUCUCAAAGGACUACGAGAUAGAAAAUCAAAAUCCUUUGGCCUCUCCUACGAACACUUUAUUAGGCUCCGCCAAAGAACAAAGAUACCAGAGAGGCCUAGAAAGAAAUGAUAGCUGGGGUUCUUUUGACCUGAGGGCUGCUAUUGUAUAUCACACUAAAGAAAUGGAAUCUAUUUGGAAUUUACAGAAGCAAGAUCCCAAAAGGAUAAUCACUUACAAUGAAGCCAUGGAUAGUCCAGAUCAGUGAAGGACCCGACUGCCUAAUCGUAACCUUUCUGCAGCAUUAGAGCCACCGUUCAUGGGGGACACAAGGCUUUUAUGCUCCUAGAUCUUCAACGCAGCAGAGGAACCAUAAGUAGAAUCACAGGAUAAUAUAUACAAAUAUAUAUAUAUAUACAUAUAUAUAUAGUUAUUUAAAAAAAAGGCAACUGAAAGUAAUUAGACUUCUUAAGGAAUCAAAUUUAUUUCAAGAGACUACACAUGGUUAUUUAAUCUCCGGUACUGCAUAGUUUUUUCUUCUUUGUUAGUUUUUGUUUUUAAGUGUGAAUGCAAGUGAUUAAUGAAUACAGACUUAACAAGCGUGGUUCUGAAGUUCCUGCUGUCAUCAACUUGGGCAACAAAUGACCCACUGGAAAGGCAAAUCCACUUAAAAGAUCUCUAUUCUUGUUCUGUGACUGAAUUGAUACACUAAUCACGGGGAACCCAGAAUAAUUCAACAUUUCCCCUACUCCUCCCUUGAUCCUUUGUUUUUACUUUAACCCUGCAACAGUUCUGGAUAAAUGCCUUGAAGUUUGCAGGGGUAUAUGUGUUUUGUUUUUUUUAGCGAAUAUAAUUUGCAUGUCUUGCCAGAAGUUAAGCAGCCUCUGUAGGAUGUUGGGGGGGGUGGGAUAUUUGUUUCUUUUUCUUUCUUUUUUUUUUUUUUUUUUUUAAGGGAUGGGAAUAGGGGAGGGCAUUGAAGUGCUACAGUUCUGGAAUAGUUUGUGGAUACCUGGUUAACUUGGCUUGAUAGCAUGUUGGACUUUAGCAACUGAGAAAUCCAUGAUUGUCAUUAAUAGAAAAGUUACAGAACAAGCAAUUGGCUGAGAUGUGGAAAAAGUAGUCCCUUUGACCAUAUUUUAAUGUAAUUGUGUAACUGGGAGCAAAAAUACUCUGCUUUUCAUCUGUAGGUGCUCCAGACUUGCUCUCUGUCAACUAACACUAAAUGUGCUGUUUUCUGUUUUUCAUCAAACAUUUAAGAGAAACUUUUGUAUCUUUCUGUAAAAUUUCUUAAUUUCUAAGCAAAAUCUAAAGAGGGGGAUGCCCAUGAAAAUUAAAAUUUCAUGUUUUUAGAUAGUGAGGAAAUAAUAAGAUCCUGCCUGUAGAUGGUGUACAAAUCGUACUUCUAAGCUUAUUAGCUUCUAAUUGUAUCUUAAUAAAUAUAUUUUAUUACUAGAGCAAAAUGGGUUUUUUUAAGGAAAAUAAUGUGAAAUUCUGGAAAUUAUCUUUUGGGCAGAGAAAAGUAUUAGCCCUGUCUUACCAUCACAUUGCCAUCUUGUUUGACUGCAGCUUGUGUAUAGCAUGCUAAAAGAAAUUUGUGUGUGUGUGCAGAAAUUAAAGGUCCAAUUUAAGAUUGGGUGUUGUUAGUGGCAUAAUAACAAGUUCUCUGGCCUGACAGCAUCACAUUCACACACACAGAGAAAUUAGUAUAUCCAUGUAUGUUAAAUACAGAUUAAAGUAGCAGGGCAUUUAUUUAAAGAGUUGUAGUCUUUUAAUAAAAGUAGACUGGAUCUCCUGGGGGUAUUUGGGAGAGGGUAACUACUUUUGCUCUACUCCUUUGCUUAAGAAAUGUCCAGUUGUGAGCAACUGUAGAGUGAAUGGGUUUUCUUGUUCUGUUGAUUAUUUGAGACUUCUAACAAGUAGUUCAUGAAAGAAGACAUUGGACUCAACAUAGAAUAGGAAAAAUAUCUUUUUAGUCCGGAUUUCUGCCCUGCUUAGAAUUUUUUUUAAGAGUAUGAGCAUGGAUUGCCAAUUCCACUUGAUGUAAACAAAACUUUUUAUACAUAAUAUAUAUAUAUAAUAACUUAUUGUAUCAGUCCAGGUUCAGAAACUUGUGGUAGGCCAGUUCCAAAUAGUUUCAUGUCACCUGUAAGCUGUAUCACUUUUACUGGUAAUUGUAAUUUUCAAAUGUAUAAUAUGUUUACAGAUGUGCCCUGCUUUUAGUCUGCCUUGUUCUUAUUUUUUGUUCAAGUCUCCUGCCUGCUUGCCAAAAGCUAGGAUGCUUCAGGCCCAUGUAUAAUUGAGAGUAGAGGCAUCCUUGAGCUUUAAAGCAUUGAACAAACUGGAAAAUGCAACGUACCACAUAUUGAAGUGAAGAGUCUGUGUUUGUGUUUUUUAAAUAAAAAAUUUCAAAAAGUUUUUAAAAAAUACAUAAGGUUGAUUAAAGAAAAAAAAAAGGCUCCAGUUUGUUUUACAGGUUUUAAAGUUCUGCUGUGUGUUCAAUUGCCUUGUGUAACCACUUGUCGCCUUAGGGCCAGAUCCCCGACCCUCCACCUCCCUUUUUUAAAUGUCCAUUUUGCUUGCCUGGGAUUUUAAAGUUAUUCUGUCCCACAGCUCACACGAAACUUUCUGGGUUUGUGACAUAGAGGUUGAGUGAAUAUGUCUAUUUAAAAAAAAAAAAAAAAGAUCCAACUCCUGUCUGAAUUGGGCUUUUUAACUUAGAAGCAACACUUAAAUAUCUUUAUUGCUGUCACUUUUCUAAUUCCCUUCCAUAUCCCUUAGGCCUCCAUGUUCAGAGAAGCCAAAACGAGAAUGUGUCCCUUCUCUCUUUGUCCAAAGGUUUUUUAAAGUCUCACUUUUAAAUGAAACAAUGCAACAUUUCACUUUUGAUUUUUCCACUAAAAUUUCCUUAAUAAUAUAGUUAGAGGUAUACAGUAGCUAAGAACGUCUGUUAACUUUCUGGGAACCCUAGUUGCCCUGUCAUAUAAACUAUCAGUAUCUUCUGGGCACUUGGUUUAAUGGACUAAAUUGCCUAGGUUCAAGCAGGACUUUGAGACAAAUCUCCUUUGUGCUGAUUGGUAACACUUUUAAUUCUACUUGUUGCAAUCUUUCUCCUUAGGUCCUCACACAAUUCCUUACAGAGCACUUAUUAAAAAAAAUGUUAAGAGUUGAUCUGUUUUCUGAUUAUUUUUGUGUAAGCUUCUAAAACUUCAGCUGUGAUUAAUUUAGCACAUUUAAAUAACAUUAAUGUGUUACUGUUCGGCAUAAUGAAUUUUCCUUCAACUCAGAGUAUUAGUACUGUAGCAUAAACCAAAUACAGUCUAGAGGGACUAUUUAAAAAAUCCCUCCAUUAUAAAGACUGAAAAAGGUGUGUGUGUGUGUGUAUGUGUGUGUGUGUGUUGAGUGCUUGUAUGUGAGGGAAAGAUGGAGAUGUUAAAAAUUAGUAAAUGAAUAUGUGUAAGAUGUUAUAUUAGUAUUCAGAGGAUGAAACUUGUAUUUAUUUUGUGCCAUUUGUUUUCAUUACACAGUCAGGUGGUUUAAAUUCUUUAAAAGGGUAGUAUUUGAAAAAUGGCACUAAGAAUGAAAUCAUGACCUAUUUUUUUAAUAGCUAUGAAGAUACUAAUUAUUGAUGAAGAUUUCUUUAACAAUUUGUCCUGAUUGUAGGUGUCUGUGUCACAUACCACUCUCAUGUAGAUGUGUUGAAUAAUCUCCCCUCCCCACAAAAGACAGGGUGUAUUUAUCUUUUUAUUCACUCCCACUUUGCUGAACUGAAGUUAAUUGCAUAGCCUUUCCUAUAACCUUCUUAGUGAUGAGCCUGCACAUGAAGUGUAUUUACAGAAACUGUAGUCGCUCUUUUUCCUCCUACUUUCUAGGAGGGGAUAGCCAGUAAUAAGAUAUUUUGUUAAUGACCGCUUUUUUUCCUUCUUGAAAUAAAUGGCUGGAGCUUCUCUCCACUUUUGAAUUUUUCUGUCCUAUUUAAUCUGCUUACCUAGUCAUUGCUCAAAACCUGCAAAAACUAUACAGAAAAAAAAUGCUGCAUUGUUUUUCUCAAAUAACAGUUUUUAGUUGGAAUAUGAUAAAACUCAAGUAUGGAAAUUGUCCAAAAAACAAAAUGGUGUCACAGAAUAGUAUAUGGCAGUGAUAGUUUCAUACCUGGUUGUUAAGCUGGUUGCUAACCCUCAUCAGAAGCAUUUAAUGAUUUAUGUUUUGUCAUGCUGUAAACUUAAACACAAAAAAGCCAUUUAGUGUGAACUUGUUCAUCAUGUAUGAAAUGACCACAGGCAAAUAAAUUAAUAAGAUUUUACUUUUUAAAAUUUCACUGAAUAAGGAGGGACUCAUUCUUCUAAAGAGAAAUAGGAUAAUGGUCCAAUUGCUAAGGGACUGUGGUUGUGCCACCAGGCUGUGUCCUUUAGUAAAGGAUGAUCACUCUUAAGUACUUUGGCUGACUGAAGAACAAAUACAGUAUAGGGACCAGAUACAGAGGUGAUGGAGAGUAAAUUUUUGUCAUCAGAUCUGUUGAUGCUCUUUGUCAGUCAAAGUAGAACUUGCUAGAACACUCGUAACUUUGCUGUCUUUAAAAGAGGGUAGGACAGGUUUAUCUCCCUUCUUUCCAAUUUGUUUAGAAAGGAUGGGCAGAGAACUAGACCAGAGGCACAUAGGUUAAGGUUGGUAUUAUUAAUGUGAUUGACAGUAGCAGUAUUCUUUGGUGAAAAAUGAUGAUCUUGUGCUUUGGAUAUAUUAAAAUAUUUCUUUUCAAAAUUGGUUCAUAUGUGUGACAGCCAGGAGCACCCUGGGUUGGUUUAACAAAUGGUAAAUCAUUACCUCUCAAAAGCACUGCUCUACAGGGUUCUACACUAAAUUCACACCAUUUUGCUGCUCAAAGUAGUUAAAGAAUGCAGACAAUAGAAGGAAUAGUUUUUUAAGUUGCCUGCAUAAUAAAAAAUACCCAGGAUGAUGCAUUGCUGAGAAUAUCAAUAGCAGUUAGGAACUAUGGAACAGCCAUCAAAUGUGAUGUUGGUUGUUGAUUCAGAUUUCACUAUUCAUAAAAUUUCAGUUAUGUCCAGAGUUCUAAAGCCAUUUUUAUAAUACUGCAGUAUCCCUUUUUUAUAGCCUUAUUAAAAUUGCAAACGUUAUAAUUACUAAAGUUAUGAACAUUUUCCAAUUAAGUUUUACUUCCACUGUAUAUAAAGUGUAUUCUACAGACCAACUUGAGAUAAUUUGUACAGCUUUCCAUACACCCUUUUUUCCUCAGGUGCUAAUAAACAAAGGCUCCAAAAAUGGAUACUGCUCUAGUAACAUUGCUUUAUUAAAUGCGUAUUUCUUUUGCUGGAUGUAAAGAUUGGUAUUAACAAUGGUUAUAAUAUGUAAAUAUGAAUGAAUGCCAUUAGUUUGUCCAUGUGUCUUAGUGUGUUUUCAUUUAUUCUUUAUAAAGGAUCUUUCAAGAUCUCAAAUACAUUUCAUUAGGUAUAGUUGCAUUUUUAGGAUGAAGAUACAACUGUUCUGUCUUAGAUUAAUUCUGCUGCUAUGAGAAACUGAAAAUCAAGAAUGUGAUGCACUUUCUACAUUUCUAUAUAUCAUACAUAUACAUAUAUACCAUAGGUUGCUUUGAUAUUUCCUAUAGCACAGCCACUAACAAAAGUGAAUGAAUUAUAUUCUCUGAGAGGGAAUCAGUACAAGCGAAUAAUCCACAGUUGCUAUUGGCCGGUGAAGGACAAUUAACUUAAGGGAAUAAAAGUUCGGCUAAUACUACACUUUUUGGCCUUAAGGUGUUCUACUACUGAAAAUAUUUUGAUUCUAAGCUUUGUUCAUUGCUCCCUCUCUGCCUCAGAAAGGAAUUGGCAAGAAUGGCUUAAAAGAACCAUCAUUGGUUUUUGCUGAUCUUUUAGAAAGAAAACAAUUACCUAAUAUAUAAGCUGGGUAUUUUUUUUCUACAUACAAAGGAGGAAUAAUGCUGCCAUGAUCCACACAUAUGUAGUCUAAUCAGAUAUGACAACUCCCAACUAAUCCUGCUUCUCUAGUCUAUUACUUAGGAAGGAUAAACUUAAGUAGAAUAGGAGUGCUACCUGACAAGAGGAAAAAUCCUUUCUCAAGCACAUACUCGAACUUGAAGGAGAUGAAACCCAAGACAGUGGGGGGAAAACACCAAAUGGGAUAGAAGAAUAUGAUAAAGAGUGUGGUCCAAAGCUAUCUGGUUAUAUUUUGAUGUUGCCAAUAUUGUAAAGCCAAAAUUUUAAUUUGCUUAUUUAAUAUAUUUGUUGGCCAGAGAUCUAUUUUUAUAUCAAUGUGCCUUGCAUGUAUAUUGAAAUUUUUUGGAAAGGCCAUGUAGUAAUGCCUGAGAUAGUUGAUGGUUCUUACCACUCACUGAUCUUUAUGCAGUAUGAAAUGCUCAUUCUAUUGCCCAACUGGUGCUCUCUGUUUAAAGUUAUAGACCUUGUCAAACUGGAACUAUUUUAUAAACUGGGGAAGUGGUUUUUUUUGUUGUUGUUUCUUUUUUGUUUUUAGUGUGUUAGUGGCUGUUCUGUAGUGGGAAACAGUAAAAGAAUUUCUUGCUCUUUCUCUCCCCCCCACCUCCAGCACCUUCAAGUAAUGUGAUGACACCAUUUCUUGUGUGCUUUGAAAAAAAGUAUCAGCUUGCUGUCUCUUUUAGUGUUACUUUAAAAAGUGUUAUAAACAUUGUUUUCAAAAUUUAGGGAGAUAAUCAAGUCCAUUUUAAUUUGGAAUUCUGUAUGAGCUAUGAACCAAGUUAUCGGCUUUUACCAACUUUAAAAUUUUUUAUUGUUAAAGCACCUUGCUUAGAAGAUUUUAAAUAUUUAUGUCUGCAACAACUGUCUCAAAAUAAUAAACUGUGCAAUUCUUGUCAUUAAAAGAAAAUCUGAACUCUCCCAAAUGUGACUUGUUAGUUUCUCUGUAUUUUCUGCCAGUGUAAAUGUGAAAAGCUUUGCUUGCGUUACGUUUUAGAAAUGCAUUUUGCACACUCGAAUUUUGCCGAAGCUCCGUGAAAAGGUUAGAUCUAAGUAGAUGAAUAAAGCUAUGCACAUGUU